UUGAAUCUCCUGAGUCCUGCCGUUGUAGAUAACAGGAAAAAGGCUUUUUUCUUUUUCAUUUGUUUUUGUUAAUUUUCGUUUUAAGAAAGUGUAAAAAUCCCUUUGGGGAAUGCAGAGAGAUGAGAAGUUCAUCGUUGAUACGGCCUGAGCAUUGUGGCAACCGUAAACGUUCCGUUGGCGGCCGGACUUGUCACCGGAAACACGUCGAAGACGGGUGAUCCAUUGAUCGGUAAUCCAGUCAUAGCUUCUCCUCUCUUCUUUUAAUCUUCCGUCUAAGUUCAUCUCUCAUGUUGUAAAUAUAGAGUAAAUUCAGUUCAAAGGGUGUCUUUUUUUUUUUUUAAUUUCUCGAUCUUAUAAGUUACAAAAAUGGCGGACAACGCUACUAAGAACGACAACCCAUCUUUGCUUCAUGGGAAAUACGAGCUCGGUCGUGUAUUGGGUCAAGGAACUUUCGCCAAAGUCUACCAUGCAAAGAAUCUCCAAACGGGGAAGAACGUCGCCAUGAAAGUCGUCGGCAAAGAAAAAUUGAUCAAAGUGGGGAUGAUGGAGCAGAUCAAGCGGGAGAUUUCCGUCAUGAAAAUGGUGAAGCACCCAAAUAUCGUGGAACUGGACGAAGUUAUGGCGAGCAAGUCCAAGAUUUACAUCGCCAUGGAGCUCGUCCGUGGCGGAGAAUUGUUCUCGAAAGUCGCCAAGGGUCGUCUCAAAGAAGACGCGGCCAGAGCUUACUUCCAACAUCUUGUUUCCGCCGUCGAUUUCUGCCACAGCCGCGGCGUUUAUCACCGUGAUUUGAAGCCGGAGAAUCUGCUCUUGGACGAAGAUGGCAACUUGAAGGUCACCGAUUUCGGACUAAGCGCUUUCUCGGAACACCUUAAACAAGACGGCUUGUUACACACGACGUGCGGAACUCCGGCGUAUGUAGCCCCGGAGGUCAUCGGAAAAAAAGGAUACGACGGAGCCAAGGCGGAUCUUUGGUCUUGUGGGGUGAUUUUAUAUGUUCUUCUCGCUGGAUUUUUACCGUUUCAAGAUGAUAAUAUUGUGGCAAUGUAUAGAAAGAUUUACAGAGGUGAUUUCAAGUGCCCGCCAUGGUUUUCGCCGGAAGCUCGUAGAUUAAUCACCAGGCUUUUAGACCCGAACCCGAAUACCCGAAUCACAAUCUCGAGGAUCAUGGAUUCGUCUUGGUUCAAAAAAUCCAUCCCCAAGACCAUAACAACAAAACAAGAGCUCGAAUUCGAAGCUUUCAACGGUGACAAGUCAUCAAAGACCGAGACUUUGAACGCUUUCCACAUAAUUUCAUUGUCGGAAGGCUUCGAUCUGUCACCGUUGUUCGAAGAGAAAAAAAGGGAAGAAAAAGAAGAAAUGAGAUUCGCCACCACAAGGCCGGCGAGCAGCGUGAUAUCGCGGCUCGAAGAGGUGGCAAAAUCGGGCAAGUUCAGCGUCAAGAAGAGCGAGUCAAGGGUGCGGUUACAGGGACAAGAAUACGGAAGGAAAGGGAAACUAGCCAUCGCGGCCGAUAUAUUCUCGGUGACGCCGUCGUUUUCGGUGGUGGAAGUUAAGAAAGACAACGGCGACACCUUCGAGUACAAUCAGUUCUGCAGUAAAGAGCUGCGACCGGCGCUUAAAGACAUCGUCUGGACAUCGCCGACCGAGAACACGACCGUUGCUUGAUGAUAAUAUUGUUGUUCUUUGUAAUUUUCUUUUCAAUGUUGUGAUUGAUUAAAACUUUGUUCUUGUUGUUGUUGGAUCCAUUGUAUGUUGAUGUUUCUGUUGUUCAUA